CCUAGCUGUAACAAGAGAUUGGAAAAGCUUGUCCCCCUCCACCCACACCCACACCUACACCCACACACACAUCUCACUCUGCCCCUGCUGGUGAUCGCCCGGCUGGCUUCUGCUUUUGUGUUUGAGACCGCGACGAACACGCCUGGCAAAGUUGCCGCCCCUGCGAGAUGCAUCGCAUCCGCAGAUGGGCGCGCGAGAAAGCCCGCCGCCAACCCGCCAGACGGGCAAGCUUGAGUAGGAAUGCCAGGAACGCCAACACCCCCAGCGCCAAUACAACGGUCACGCCACGGGGCGGGGCCGGUGCGACCCAAGAUGCGACCCAAGAUUCCAGCGGCCGCGCGGGCUCAGCCCUCGACCCUUCUGCCGCUGCCCACGAAGACGGCAAGCUCACAACUGAUGACGACGAUGGGUACGCCCAGAAGAGCGCCUUCCAGCGCUUCCUCAUCACUAUGUGGGACGUCCUGAUCUACAGCUACCUGAACUUGCUGCUGGUGUUUGUGCCCGUCGGCAUCGCCGCGCACUUUGCCCACCUCUCGGGCGGCAUCGUCUUCUCCAUGAACGCCAUCGCCAUCAUACCCCUGGCCGGGCUGCUGUCGCACGCCACCGAGAGCGUGGCCGCCCGCCUGGGCGACACCAUCGGCGCGCUCAUGAACGUGACGUUUGGCAACGCCGUCGAGCUCAUCAUCUUCAUCAUCGCCCUGGUCAAGAACGAGAUCCGCAUCGUGCAGGCCUCGCUGCUAGGCUCCAUCCUCGCCAACCUGCUGCUUAUCCUGGGCAUGUGCUUCCUGCUCGGCGGCCUCCGCUUCCGCGAGCAGAUCUACAACAGCACCGUGACGCAGAUGAGCGCUUGCCUCCUUAGUUUGAGCGUUACUAGCCUCCUACUGCCAACAGCCUUCCACGCGUCAUUCAGCAACAUGGAGACGGCCGACGUCAAGGUCUUGCAAGUCAGCCGCGGUGUCAGCGUCAUCCUGCUUCUGGUGUACGGCCUUUACCUGAUCUUUCAGCUCAACUCGCAUUCGUACAUGUACGAGUCGACGCCCCAGCACAUCAUCGACCAGGAAAUGGUACCGGGCCCGGCCGCGAACUACUUCAACGGCUCGUCGUCGUCGAGCUCCGACUCUUCUAGCUCCUCAAGCUCCGAUUCGGACUCGUCCAAUUAUUCGCGCAGCACUGCCAAGAAGAUCAAGCGAGCCGUCAAGCGAGCCGCCAACCGGAGACAUAGCAUGUCAUCGUCUGACUCUCGUCCUGACAGGGGCGCCACUGAUCGCUCCGUGGCGACCGAGAAGAGCACGCCUCUCAAUGCAACGUCCCCGGCCACCGACAUCCCAGCCUUUAUGCCUGAUGGCACCGACGCGACCCCAGCCGACGACGAGGCUGAGGGAGGUUCCAACUUGGAGAAGACGCGCAAGAAGAAGAAGGGCCGUAAACACCGCAAGCACCGUCACCGCCACCACAAGCGCCGGCCUGCCACAGAGUCUACAUGCGCGGAGCAGCAGCCUGGCAGCCAGACUGAGCAGCCGCUGUUUGCGCCGAUUAUCACCACCACUGCACCCGAGGACGGCGAGCCGCGCAGGGUCGACUUUGCUCUCGCGCCUGACGUCGAGGCCCAGGCUGCCCCCCAAUCCCGCCCCUUCUUGCUCCGUGCCCUGCGCCCAACCAUGCCCAAGACCAUAUCGCAGACCGUCUUCUCGCCGCCGCCGCCGCUCAGCCCGGCGCAGCCACUCAGGUCUCCUCUGUCCCUGCACAGCCCGGCACACCAGCAAUCGCACCACCACCAUCACCACCACAGGGAGCGAGGUCCCCGACGUGCCAACUCACUACCCUCGUUCCACCCGGAAGUCCAACCCCAGCACCUGCUGCCGGGUGCCAUCCCUCCCAUCGUCCCCAUUGUCGUUAACAGCACGCCUAGAAGGGCUUCUGUCGUCACGAGCGGCCCCGACGCCAACAAUGCUAGCCCUGGAGGCGAGAUUGGCGAUGACGAGAGCGGCCCCCACCGCCAGAUGUCGCGCACCACGGCCGUCAUUCUGCUUCUCGUGUCCACGGGCUUGGUCGCCAUCUGUGCCGAGUUCAUGGUGGACGCCAUCGGCGAGGUAGUCCAGGGAUCGGCCGUGUCGGAGGCAUUCAUCGGCCUGAUCCUGCUGCCCAUUGUCGGCAACGCGGCUGAGCACACGACGGCCGUCACAGUGGCCAUGAAGAACAAGAUGGACCUGGCCAUCGGCGUGGCCUUAGGCAGCUCCAUCCAGAUCGCCAUCUUCAUCACGCCCCUGGUCGUCAUCCUGGGCUGGAUCAUGGGCAAGAAGAUGUCGCUCUACUUUACGCUCUUCGAGACUGUCAGCAUGUUCGUUAGUGCCUUUAUUGUCAACUUUCUCGUGCUCGACGGCCGCAGCAACUACCUCGAGGGCGCCCUGCUGUGCUCUGCCUACGUCAUCAUAUCCGUCGCCGCCUUCUACUACCCCAACGCUGAGGCCGCGAACCUGCUCGGUGGCGGUGCCGAUGAUGGUAAUGCCACCGUCACCGCCACCGUCACGGCUAUCGCCGCCACGGUGACUGGUAACGUCACCGGUCGCGCCUUUGGCUUUUUUACCUAGGCGACUCUGGAGUUGUUCCAUCCCGAAAAAGAAGUUUCGAUGCUUGGAGUUUGCCAUGGACCGCUCAACUCGAAUCUGCGAUGAUUUUAUUUUUUCUGCUCUUGCCCGGGCUCGGGAAGACCUUUACUUUUGAGGUGCGAAGGCAACUGUCCUGGUCACUUUCCUCGGAUCUUUUCGAAGGACUGCAACAAGUUUGUAAUCAUAUACCGUUCUUGUGUAAUUAUGGGGGGAAAUUGUAGAUAUAAUGGCUCAAAGCUGGUCCGGGUCGGCCAUCUCUGCGAUGGUAUCUAGACACGCCGCCUGUUAUGCGCAAGCAUCUCACAGGAGUCCGCCAGGGAUUAAGAGCUGGGAAUGUCUGGCGCAGUUUGGCAUGAGGGAGGGUGGUGGUGGCCGGGGUUUGUUCUUCUUCGGGCUUUCGAGUUCAGUUUCUGCACGGCUUCCGUUUGUUCGAGCACAUUCCAUUUGGCAAACGUAUAUCCCGCAGACUCACUCGCGUCCGUUAGAUAGACACCACGACACAAAGAAUCGAUGGGAUAUCUACAAGGGUCCACACGUAGUGAGACGUCAGUUACUAUCCCUGACUUUGGCCUUGGUUUCGAUAACCCCCGCCGUUCUGUUAACCUUUAAGCGCCCGCGUGCUUUUAAUUUGUUGCGCGC